AUGGCCGAGUCACUCUGGAAGAACAGGGCUUUGAUCCCCGUAGCGGACCACGUGGGAGUUCCUUCUUUUGUCAUGUCUUGCAGCUACAUGUUCAUGAUGCAGAGGGAUUCCAGAUGUAUGAACCGUCAUACCUCACUUACAUGUGGCAUUUUGGCUAUAGCUUCUUUCAGCAUGGAGGUCACGAGCCUGUCUGGCACAAGAAUCGCAGAGCUUGACCAGCAUGAGUUGGACCGCAUGGUGGACAGUGGGCAUGGCCGCAUCGCAGACCUGAAGCAACUCCUUGCUACGCAGCUCGGAUACUCCAGGUUUCGGCAAAGAAUCUUCAGCGAAGAUGCUGAGCUGCAGGAUGAUAUGCCUCUAAGACCAAUACCAAGCGUGCAGUUGGUACUCCUAGACUUUUCUUCUCUAAAUGAUAUAACGGAAGAUGCCCUUUUUCUUGCUUGUUUUGAGAAUGAAGCCGGCGAGGUCGAAUCGUUGCUUCAGAGUCCAUUAGACCCCAAUCGAUGCACUUGCAAUUUCAAUUCAGAGAGUCGUGAAAUGCCAGAGGAGCUUGAGCACUCGCGAACCGAUCUUGCGUUCUUGCUGGAUCCAGAAGCCCAACAGUAUGAAUGGGAUAUCUUGACAGAGGCAGCCUAUCUGGGCCACUUGGAAGUUUUGCAGUUGUUGCUUGAGGCUGCAAAUGACAAGGAUGCAUCAAAGGCGGGUAGGGGUAGAGACUAUGGCUUGCUCGCUGCAUCUUACAAGGGUCACUGGAAGGUUGUGCGAUUAUUGCUUGAGGCUGGGGUUGACAGGAACACCAGAACAUUUAUAGGGGCAACAGCUUUGAUGGUUGCAGCUGAGAAUGGCCAUGUAGAAGUUGUGAGGUUGUUGCUUGGGGCUGGAGCUGACAAAGAUGCAGCAAGGAAAGAUGGGACAACAGCUUUGCAUAUGGCAGCUGAGGAUGGCGAGUUGGAAGUUGUGAGGUUGUUGCUUGAGGCUGGAGCUGACAAAGAUGCAACAAAGAAAGGUGGGGCAACAGCAUUGCUUAUGGCAGCUUAUUAUGGCCGUGUGGAAGUUGUGAGGUUGUUGCUUGAGGCUGGAGCUGACAAAGAUGCUGCACGAACAGAUGGGGCAACAAGCUUACUGGUUGCAUCCGAGAAUGGCAACUUGGAAGUUAUUCGGCUUUUGCUCGCUGCAGGAGCUCACUGA